CCAGACUCUUUCUAGUGUGCGAGCACUGCGGCAUUUUUGACAGAAACUAACUGUCGUACUUAAUAUCUAGAAAAAUAAAGGCCGAAACCGCUCGAAAUAAAAAGUCGAGAUGACCGGCGGCGCGUUACGCGCCGCUCUGCACCACCGAACGGUGGAAGAGGUUCUGCAGGACGGGUCCGAACUAUGAGAUUGCACAACUCCCCUUUCACGUCAUUUGUCAUGCAAAAUCUCAUAUCCAGUAAGUUGCUACCCCGCCGUGGCACUGUCUGCAUUACAAAUUUUGGAGUACUACUCUCAGCGCACGAAAAACUUGUCAUGCACAGCAUCCACCUAAUAUGUUGGUGUUUGUAUCGCUGUUCAUGUUGCCCUGCACGUCGUGAGGGGGAGGGGGAGUAGUUGUGCACUCCCAUACGAGCUGCUGUUUGGCGGAAGUACAGCUUCUACGGGAAGAAAAAACAGCCUGAUGACUGAAACAAGCAAGGCCGACACGACCUCCAAUCUACUUGGCGGAAAUAAAGGCGUUGGCAGCUGCACGGUGACAUCAACUGGGAGAAGUAGAAGUUUCAAAUCCCGCGCGUCGACAUUAUCAAGACCGACUUCGUUCGAGUCCAUCAUCGAUAAGUUUCGGCAGGUACGAAGUGCGGAGGAAUCCAGCACGGCGGCGGGGAAAGAGAGCGGAGACAGCUUCGACAAGGGCAUGGAGAAUCCUUUGAGUAGUCAGGGGUGGAACACGAAAGACGAAAAGGACCGCGACAGGCUGGCAACCGCACUUGAGUCCGACGGGAAGCAGGUAUAGAUAGAAGAAAUAUCUUCAGUGAUGUAGUGAAAGAAGGCUUAUUUUUUGAUCCCAACAAUAAACUUCUAGGUGAUCUGGUUAUCUUCAUUACGGCGCUUGCUUUUAGCAUUUGAUUUGUCAGAAAGUUCUUGUUUCUGCGUGGACCAUCUAGAGGCACUUUGAUAUUUCCUCCAUUCUCCUCCAUCAUCCGGCAAAAGAAAAAACCUAUCAGCGCGAGGAGCUCUCGCUGUCUGGGAGCCAAACGAAAAACCGUGAGCAAGCGGAUGAGCCGGACGUUUUUCCGUUUCCCAGUCGUAGAACUGAAGACGGGGCAAGAGGAACUUUUCCAGCUGGUGCGCAGGACGACGGUGGCGGUGCGGAUGGUAAUGGUAGUGGUAAUAGCGAAAACGACGCAGACAUCAAGGAACAACAGAACGAGUUGCAGAACUUUCUCGGGGGUAGUAGCAGGACAACUGCACCCUCGUCUUCAGAAGGCCCGGAAGGGUCUUCGUCGUCGCCGUUUCCUGCGGCUGCAGUAUCCGUUGACGAUCGGUUACAGCCGCGGUUGGCGAGUGGUCCGGAUACCGAUGUGUUCCAAGUCUCAACCAGCAGUGACUCGUCGCAGAACGUUGCUCCAAAGCACCUGCGGAGCAGCGAGGGUCUCUUCGCGGCCCCACCGUCGGUCGUUGCGGGUGGGAGCAGCUCGUCGGCCACGAAGGUAGGAGGACCAUCUACAACUUCCACUGAAGAUCCUCGUCCUACCAGCGACGAAGCGGCGCAUCAACCCGCGGAUCCUCGCGAAGAAGGAGAUCCGGCUGGUCGGGGAGCCGUGGAGGUGGCUCCUGCACAAGGAGAAGAUACUCCGGAGGACGGUCUCGAGUCGCUCAGCGCGAGGGGGGAGCAGGCCGCGGGUGGGGUGUCGACUGGGAGCAGGAGGAAAGCUCCGAACGGACCGGUAAGAGAGGAUGACGACAUGGUGGAGCUGGGGAAAAACGAACCGAAAAUUAUCUUUGACGAGGAAACCGGGACUAUCCUGAAUAAAAACUACGUGCUACUUGAUGUCCACGACCUCAGAUGUUGUGAUUGAUGCUACACAAAUCCAAAGGCUAGGGGAGGCACGCAUGAAGAGAAGUUUACGUCUGCGGUGCUUAUACUAGUGAAGGGAAAAACAGGCAAGAUCAUUGCAAGUGUGCCUGCAAAUGCAAGUAUCAUGAUGCGCGGAAAAUCGAGGUAGAGGCUCUGGGUAGAAGGUUUUUAUUCUCGAUAGCAGCGAUCCAGAUUAUCGAUCCGGACGAAGACGGAUCAUCUGCGCAUCAUGAUCAACAGGAAAAUGGAAGAAACGCCGACGAUCCAGACAAGAUGAAGCUUAUCCGGUGCAAAAGUACUAUCGCGCUCGUAGAAGUUCUUGCAGCUGUCCAGCAUGUUGAUAGAUCUGCUUGCCAAUCUGCAUGACAGACUGGAUUUUGCAGCCACGUGGUAGAAUUUGUCAAGAUGCUAUUAACUCUACUGCUAUCUGGACAAAGAUGCUACGAUGAUCAUACUUUUGCAAAAUGCAUAAGAGUCCCACAAGAAGACGUGACCAUGGUGGUAGACAGCGAGCACCCGGAGAACCCGCCGUUAGCAAUCAUCAUGAACAAAGAUAAGGCUGCGGCUUCCCGGCACAUCAAUAAAGACCACCGUGCUGCUCCGGACGACGCGGAUAAUUUUCCGUUCCCAGACGAGUUGUCAACGAACGACAAAGGGACGAGGCCGCCUUUUCCACUUUUGCCGCCGUCCUUGAUGGGGGGACCACGACGGCCAAACAACGACGAAAUGGUGAACGGGUCAACCUCCACUUCCAGCGACGAAUCUUCCUCUACGUCCACGUCCCCUGGGUCGUUAGUCGGGACGGUCGUCAGCCUCGGGGCCCACGUGUACCUUGGCUUGUACAUCUUUACCCGCUUUUUCCGAAAACUCACCGGCGAAGAGGACGAGGAGGAGGUGGAAGAACUGCAGGAACAUCAAUCCACACAACAUGCCUCCUCGGCGACCUCCGGGGCUGCUUCAUCUAUCUCCGUGAGUCGUGGAAUUAACGAUGAUCCGCAGCGUGGUCAAGAAGAUGAUCCGCAGUUAAACGCGCAAUUACGCGAGGACAUGGGGAUCUUGCUUCCGAUUGACGAAGUGGAUGGAGAUGAUGGGGACCGAAUUCAAGAACGGGAAGAUCAACUUAUUGUUCCUAUCAACACGACAAACAAGAACGAUGGAGACAACGAAACUGGUGCGGUCAUGACAUCUUCGUCCAUUUUCGUGGAAGAGGAUCAUGUGGUCCUGGCACAGCCGUUGUCCGGGUACGGCAGCGCGGUGGAGCCAGUAAGAACAUCUACGAGUCUACCAAAUGCAAUUAUUUCUCGGUCUGCAGCUCCUCCUGGAAGAGUGCGAGAUGUGUCAGGCUAGUCUGGUAGAUGUAGGACGCUGAGCUCUGUGAUAUAAUUGCAUGGCCAUCGCCAUGAAGAUAGAAGACGAGCUUCUCUUGUCUGCCAUGCAAAAACGUAGCUGCUCAUAAUACCAUGAGGAGUACACAACAGAGAGGCACGAAAAAUCAGUCAUGCUUGCGCUUGCAUUACAGUGUGCCUAUUUUAUUCGCUGACACAUGCAUCGCGAGAGUAAAAUUUUCCACUUCCAAACAGACCGACAAACAUUUGCAACCCAUAAAGGCGUUCCGGGUACAACAGCGACGCGAAUAGUUCGACUUCCUUUCACGUGGUUAAUCAUAACGCGGUGGAGAUGAAUAUGAAUUAUCAUGCGGAGCUGGGACGAGAACUAGAACUAGAAGCGGAUGGAGAUAACCGACAUGGAUCAAGAUCAAGUUCGAGCAGAAAUAGCAAAAGCGAACAGAACCACCAUGCGGAAGGAGUGAAACCACUAGGAGCGAUGACCGAAAAAGGACAACAUGAUCCACCACCAGCGUCUACGCCCUCCACAGCAGCCGCUGCUACCACACCCGCGUUUGUCGUCUCGUCCCCCUCACACUUGCCAUUCGGAUCCUUACUGUCGCAGACAUCGCAAGUAGUUCUAUCGGUGAAUAGUACAACUUCGUCUACAACUUCCGCCACCGCUACACAAGGACUACCUGCUCCACCCGCUGGGACGAAUUUCGUCGGUUCCCAGCAACAGCACAUCAUUCUGGUCGAGGAAAACAGAAAUACCAUAAGAAAUAAUGGUGCGACUUCCUUGACAAAUCAUCCCUCAACAUCUUCGACCACUCCAGCAGGAGAUGCUUUGAACACCACGGUAGAAACGGUGGAAAAUAUCAACAUCAACCAACAGCAACAAUUAAUAGACCAUCAAUCCGCCGCUGCUCGGGGUAGUGCUAGAGCAAGUGUUACGACAUCAAAAUCUUUUCCGCGGGUGGAGGAGGUGCCGGCUCUUCUUGGGCAACUACAAAAUGUUGGGGAAGGAAAGGACCAGCAUCAGCAUGAUGAAGACCGGGAUCAUGGGGCUUCAUCUUCGUCGAGGAAUCAUGGGAAUGAUCGAAACUACCUUGACCAGAUGACGGAGCAAGGGUCUACAAGUGCAACUUCGGGUAGCAACGACAAUGUCGACUCAUCCACUGUGUCGUCUGGCAACAGCACAUCCAUGCUGGCAAGUGGGAGCUUUGUGGACGUUGUGUCCGAACUUUUUUCCGGCGUCGCCAGCGCCGGGAGCGGAGCGGCGGAGCAGGAAAUGCUGGGUGGAAACCAGUCCGGAUCCCGAAAUUCCCGAUUGCUGCGGGAACUGAAUACUUCUUCUCAGGGUCAUCAGAAUUCUAGUACUUCGAAUAGUGCGGGCACGAACUUGCGGCCCUCGGCGGAAUAAGAAAAAACAAUAGUGCGUAGGGUGAUGUCAGAAACAAAAAUAGAUAAAGGCGAAAUGCGGAUGCGGGGGGAUACGCCUGUUGAGGAGCGAGAAUUAGUAUCUUAGUCCAAAAGAGGAAUUUACUUUCCCAGAAAUACAAUUAAAGUACGUAAAGAAGUCAUUGGAACGUAGUUCGUGAAGCAAAGUUACAUACUCGUAGUUGGUACAAAAGAACCUACUUGGGAAAAUUUUCUACAGUUUUCGAUGUCUAAUCAGUAAAUAACGCACGACGACAGACGCCCGCCUGCUUCAAAAGGCUGCAGUUUGUAAUUGUACCAACCGGUUGUAUCAGAGCAAGACGAAGACUGAAAGAACACCAAAUGUAAGACUCAUGAACAGCAACAGGCGGAAAAACAAGUAAGAGACAAAGGAACAACGGAGUCGAACGCUGAACAAGCGCGGCAAGGGUUCUAGAGAGAGUACCUACUUGCUGGUGAUCAGGAAGACGACGGCGCCAGCAGUCG